AUGGGUUGUAUUGGAAAGGACAAGUUUGGGGAUGAGAUGAAGAAAAACUCAACAGCGGCUGGUGUUAAUGUCCACUACUAUGAAGAUGAGUCUGCACCAACGGGUACUUGCGCUGUUUGUGUAGUGGGUGGUGAAAGGACAAAAUCAAAAGAAAAAAUCCAGAAAUUAGAAGCAAACGAAUUGAUUGAAACAAGCCUUAACGGGGAUGGGAUGAUGGUGGUGUUUGUGACUGCCAAGGCUGGGAAGUUGCAAUAG